AUGAAAGGAGUGAUGAGAUUUGGGAAGAAAGGAAAGCUUAGUCCAAAAUACAUCGGUCCAUAUGAAAUACUAAAAAGAGUAGGCAAAGUAGCUUAUAGGUUAGCCUUACCUAUGGAGCGUAGUAAAGUACAUGAUGUAUUUCAUGUGUCCCAAUUGAGAAGGUACAUCCCUGAUAAAUCCCAUGUGCUACGGCACGAAACCAUCGAGUUAGAUCAAAGUUUAACUUAUGAAGAAAGACCUGUCAAGAUUCUUGACAGUAAACUGCGUAGUACACGCAACAAGAACGUUAAGAUUAUAAAAUUACUUUGGUCUAACCAAGAAUAUGAGGAAGCCACCUGGGAGGCAGAGGAUGAAAUGAAAAAGAAAUACCAAGAUUUGUUUCAGAUCACUUCCAUCCUACUUGCGAACUCGAUUCCUCUUGUGAAAGCACCGCUCACUUAG